AUCGCCACACACGGCAGGCACGGCGAUCGUUACAGCAGCCAUGAAAAACCUGCACAUCCUACCGGAGAGGCAAUGGAAGAGCCACUGCAUCAGGGAGGUGAACGGGGCCAGGAGGCUGAAGAGGAAGAGCAGGGAGCCCGGCAGGCACGCCAAUGGACUGAAGGCUUUCCGGGUGGAGAUGAGUGUGGACGAAGAGGUAGUGGGUGCAGCGCAGGAGAGACCGGCGGGGGUCGCGCCCGGCGCGCAGAUCAUGGACGCGGGGAGCGGUGCGAGCCCCGACGCUCUGGACUUGAGGAAUGGGGCGUUUGUGACAGCCGCCGGGGUGACCGGCCGGGGCAGCUCGCAGACUAAGAGGGGUUUGGUGAAAGUGGGGGGUGCGGAGGGGCUGGAGGCGCAGCCCCGGCUCGUGGUUUGUCAGAGACCCCCGGACGCCUCGUACUUGGCCGUCUCGCAAGUUCCGUACAGCGCGAGCCCGGACCCGUGUGCGUCGCCCAGGAGCCGGCUGGGGGAGACGGCGGGCGUCUCUACCGAGAUCAAAGCCAUCCAGCAGACCCGGAGACUGCUCGCCAAUGCCAGGGAGAGGACCCGGGUGCACACCAUCAGCGCUGCGUUCGAGGCUCUCAGGAAACAGGUCCCGUGUUACUCCUACGGACAGAAGCUGUCUAAACUGGCCAUCCUGAGAAUAGCCUGUAACUACAUCCUCUCCUUAGCCCGGCUGGCCGACCUCGAUUACAGCGCAGAUCACAGCAACCUGAGCUUCUCCGAGUGUGUAGAGCAAUGCACGAGGACGCUACAGUCCGAAGGAAGGUCCAAGAAGCGGAAGGAGUGACGUGCGGUAACCGGCUGGUUUCACAGAAGACCUUCCAAGCGGGGCUUCCUCCUCCCGUCCUGGCAGGCGUCAGAUGGUAAAUCCUGAAGACAGUUUCUGGCACCAACCUUUGAAAAAGACAUCUGGACAUAAAGCAUUUUAACACAAAGCGAGAAAAAGAAACAAAAAAAAACACUUCUGUUCUGUUACGGAACAACUCGGCUUUUUAGUGUGUGCAAUUUACUAAGCAGUGCCUCCUCUGUGACACCGGGAUGUUUUCAUGGCAGUUCGUUGCACAUUUUCUUUCUUCUUCGUUUUUUUUUUUUUUUGUUUUAUUGUUUUGUUUGCUCUUGUGCCAAAGAUUUAGUGAAGGCGUCUCACUAACUCCCAAACCCACCAACUUUACAUGG